AUAUUCCCCCAUGAGUCUCUCCGCUCUCCCCCCUUUGAGGUCUUGUGAUAGUGUGCAGCCGGGAAAAGAUACGGGAAACAUUUCCAUAAAGGUCUGUGUGUCUUGUUUGCUCAAAAGUUUCCAAAAUGGCCGCCAAAGUCCCAUCAUGCCAUCAAUUGGGUUCCCAUACCCUUGCCGUGUCUGUCAGCAUGUUUGCGACCAAUCGCAGACGUCUGUGUGAGAGGUUGAAGAAGAAUGAGAAGGUCCCUAAGGGCGCUAUUGUGGUGCUUCUGGGUGGCGAGCAGAACACUCGCUACUGCACAGACACAGAUGUUGUGUUUAGACAGGAAUCAUUUUUCCACUGGACAUUUGGCGUCCUAGAAGCAGACUGUUUUGGUGCAGUUGAGGUUGACACUGGAAAAAGUAUCCUGUUUAUUCCAAAACUGCCACAAGAAUAUGCCAUAUGGAUGGGCAAGAUUCACCCCAAGGAGCAUUACAAAGAAAAAUAUGAUGUAGAUGAAGUAUACUUUGUCAGUGAGAUUGCUGAGACCCUGGAAAAGAAAAACCCCUCUCUCCUUCUCACUCUUAGAGGACAAAACACAGAUUCUGGGAAAACUUGCAGAGAGGCCGCAUUUGAUGGAAUCAGCAAGUUCAAAGUCGACAAUGCGAUUCUUCAUCCAGAUAUUGUUGAAUGCCGUGUUUUCAAGACACCACAGGAGCUGGAACUCCUUAGAUAUGUCAACCAAGUGAGCAGUGAGGCGCAUAAGCAGCUGAUGAUGAGGAUUAAGCCUGGGAUGAGUCAGUUUCAGAUGGAGAGUCUAUUCCAGCACUACUGUUACUCAGAGGGGGGAUGCCGCCAUACAUCCUACACAUGUAUUGGAGCUACUGGCCCAUGUUGUGCAACGCUACACUAUGGCCAUGCAGGUGCACCUAAUGACCAGGAAAUAAGAGAUGGCGACAUGUGCCUGUUCGACAUGGGAGGUGAAUAUUACUGUUACGGGGCUGACAUCACUUGCUCAUACCCAGCGAACGGCAAAUUCACAGACAAACAGAAACUGAUCUACAACAUUGUACUGAAGUCCUCCCGAGCAGUUAUGGCGCAGGUCAAGCCAGGCGUCUCGUGGCCUGACAUGCAUCGUUUGUCGGUUAGGGUGAUCUUGGAGGAGCUCACUGCUGCAGGGUUCUUGCGUGGGGAGGUUGAUGAGAUGGUCAAGCAUCAUAUCGGGUAUCUGUUUAUGCCCCAUGGCCUUGGCCACUUCAUGGGAAUUGAUGUGCACGACGUAGGGGGGUACCCUGAGGGAGUUGAGCGCAGCAGUCUCCCUGGUCUGCGCAGCCUCAGAUGUGGCCGUGUGCUGGAGCAAAACAUGGUACUGACGAUAGAGCCUGGGAUCUACUUCAUAAGACCGGUUUUGGAACCAGCUUUUACGAAUCCUGAAAUCUCUCAUUUCUUCAACCGUGAGAUGAUCGAAGAUUUCCUGGAUUUCGGUGGGGUCCGCAUUGAAGACGACAUCGUGGUGACCUCAGACGGGAUGGAGCUGAUGACGUGUGUCCCGCGAACUGUGGAGGAGAUCGAGGCUCUGAUGGCACAGGGUCGGGACUUGCCUAGCCAGUUUCCAGUCCCCGUAGCUUCUCGACCACAGGGAGACCAAUAAUACCAUAGACCUUGGGAACUUAGAGAUUAUUAGACGCUGCGGAGUCAAGAGAUAAACGUAUUAAAGAACCGCCGAGAAAAAUGUAUCAUUGCACAAAAAUGGAAGUUGAAAUAAAAAUAAAUAACUAAAUCAGUCAACUAAACAAGAAAUAUCUAUAUUUUAUUAUCAAUGUAGCGGAUGAUUAAACCAAAAUGUGAUUUUA